AUGAACAACUUGUUUAACAAUUUAUUAAGAGGAGUGGUAUUCAAGCAAUUGGAGGAGACUCUGGUCGAUAAACUAUCGAAUAGCAGAAGAUUCCAAUACUUGGCUCUAUUGUUCAGAGACAAGACCAGAGAGAUGUUUGAUGAUAAACCAUCUAAUAAAAACAACAAUAACAACAAUACUAAUCAAUACAACAAUCAUAAUAACAAUCAAUACAAUAAUAGAAACAACAACAACAAUCAAUACAACGGUUAUAACAAUAACAACCAAUAUUAUAAUAAUAAUAAUAAUAACAACUCUCAAUACAACAAUAACAGAUAUAAUACUAACAAUCAACAACAACAACAAAACAAUACUAAUAACAACAAUAACAAUCAACAAGUUAAACAAAAGUCUUUUAUGGAGAUAUUUGGAGAAGAAUUUAAAAAAGAGAUGGAUAAGAAGAAUAGAAGAUAA